CGAGCUGCACUCGAAUAAGGCCCUUCUCCUCCUCUCACCACGCCUUCUCCUCCUCUCACCACGCCUUCUCCUCCUCUCACCACGCCUUCUCCUCCUCUCACCACGCCUUCUCCUCCUCUCACCACGCCUUCUCCUCCUCUCACCACGCCUUCUCCUCCUCUCACCACGCCUUCUCCUCCUCUCACCAUGCCUUCUCCUCCUCCCGCCACCCCCUCUCCUCCUCCCACCAUGCCUUCUCCCCCUCCCGCCGUGCCCUAUCGUCCUCACGCCAUGCCUUCUCCUCCUCUCGCCAUGCCUUCUCCUCUCGCCAUGCCUUCUCCUCCUCUCACCACGCCUUCUCCUCCUCCCACCAUGCCUUCUCCUCAUCCCACCAUGCCUCCUCCCCCUCCCGCCGUGCCUUCUCGUCCUCCCGCCAAUCCUCCUCUCCUGCUUCCCACCAUUUCCCCGCCUGCUUCCCCUAUUUUCCCCCUCUGCUCCUCUUUCCCCAUCUUCUCAACUUUCCCACCUCCGCUCUUUCUUCCCCUCUGCUUCUCUUCUCCCCCUCUUCUCCUCUUUUCCCUCACUGCUCCUCUUUCCCCCCUCUCAUCUUUCCCCCCUCUGCUCAUCCUUUUCCUUACUGCACCUCUUUUCACCCACCGCUCCUCUUUUCCCCCUCUGCUCCUGUUUCCCCCCCCCGCUCUCAGUUUUCCUCCCCUGCUCCCCUUACCCUCUCUGAUCCUCUUUUCCCCCUCAAAUCCUCCUUCCCAUCCGCACCUCCCCUGUCCCCUCUUAUUCCUCUCCCUUCCCCGCCAGCUCACUCACCCCUUUCUUCUUUUGCUUCUCAGCCGCCAGUGAACCCGCGGGCUCCGGCCGUGAGAGUGCUCUGCCUACAGGUGGCUGAUGCUUUCUCCCGAUUGACAUGGCGCAAGGUGAGGGGUGGAGGUAGUGCCAUGAAAAGCCACGCUCAUCUUUCUUACUUCCCAUUCUUACGUCCCAUCUCCCCUCCCUCCCUUCCUAUCUCCUUCCCUCCCUGCCCUUCCCUUUCUGCCCUACCCUUCCUGCAAUUCUUACCCCUCACAUACUUCCAUUCCCUACUUUUUUUCCACAUCCGUGCCUUCUCAUCUCACAUCCCUGCCUUCCCAUCUCACAUCCCUGCCUUCCCAUCUCACAUCCCUGCCUUCCCAUCUCACAUCCCUGCCUUCCCAUCUCACAUCCCUGCCUUUUUUCCUCACAUCCCUGCCUUUUUUCCUCACAUCCCUGCCUUUUUUCCUCACAUCCCUGCCUUCCCUCCCAUAGAGGUCACAUGA